AAAAUAAGUCGUUUCUGUCGAGUGCGGUCUUCUCCUCCCUUGUCUGUCUGAUGUGUUUUUAGAGCUCUAUUUUAAUCGGAACUACUCUGACAAAGCCAGACACGGAGCAUUCAGCAACAAACUGUCGAAUAUUUGGUAGGAUUUAGACACCGCAGCUGGGUUUUUUCCAUUUAGGAUAUUUCGACGACUCUCGCCGUUAUGGGCGUUCUUUGUUUUGUGGCCGAUAAGAAAAUAUUUUCAUGGUGGCCGCUGCUUCUCUGCAUCUGUGUCGCAGGAAUGGCUGUCGGUCAGGUCCGUUAUUCUAUACCUGAGGAGAUGACAACGGGCUCGGUUGUCGGGAGCAUCAUUCAGGAUUUAGGCUUGGAUAUUAAGCGACUGAAAUCUGGGCGGGCUCGGAUAUUUACCGAGGAUGGCAGUGAGUACAUCGGUCUGAAUGCAGAUAAAGGGACUUUGGUCGUGGCUAAAAGGAUAGACAGAGAAGAAUUGUGCAAGCAAGUGUCUCCCUGCUCUCUUCAUUUCCAAAUAAUUCUAGAAAAUCCAAUGGAGCUGCACAGAAUUGAUGUAGAAAUUACAGAUAUUAACGACAACGCUCCGUUUUUUUCCAAGAAGGAAUAUAAUUUUCAGGUUAGUGAAUCUGCCUCACCAGGGGCUCGUUAUUCGCUUGAGAGUGCCAAAGAUCCUGAUGUGGCGCAUAACACAAUUCAAACAUACAAACUCAACCCUACAGAUAAUUUCAAAUUGAAUGUUGUAUCUCGGUCUGAUGGAACAAAAUACAUUGAAAUGGUUCUCCACACCUCACUUGACAGAGAAAACCAAGAAGAGCAUAAAUUAACUUUGACAGCAUUUGAUGGUGGUGAUCCUCAGAAAUCUGGUUCUGUUAAAAUUAAUGUAAUUGUUCUAGAUGCAAAUGAUAACGCGCCAGUGUUUAGUCAGUCUGUUUACAGGGUGGCAGUUCCUGAAAACGCAUUGAAGGGCACUGUUAUAUUAACAGUCAGUGCCACUGAUAAUGACAAGGGAGGAAACGAGGAGGUAGUGUAUUCGUUCUCUCACCACACUGAUGGUGCAUCAUCCCUGUUUAACAUGGAUCCAAAAACUGGGGAAAUUACUGUAAAUGGUGUUUUAGAUUAUGAAAAGAUCAAACACUAUGAAAUAGACAUUGAAGCCACAGACAAAGGGGGACUAACAGACACAAGUAAGAUUCUAAUUGAGGUGUCCGACCUAAAUGAUAAUGCUCCUGUGAUAAGCAUAAUUUCCCUCUCCAAUCCCAUACCAGAGGAUUCAGCUGUAAAUACUGUCAUAGCAAUGCUCAAUGUCAAAGAUUUGGACUCUGGUAAAAAUAGCCAGGUUCGGUGUUUUAUAAGCCCAGAUUUACCUUUCAAAAUCAAAUCAUCAACUGCUAAUUUUUAUAGCCUCAUAUCUGAUGAUGUUUUGGACCGGGAAACUGUACCAGAAUAUAACAUAACAAUAACAGCUAUGGAUGAGGGUUCCCCUCCUUAUUCCACAAACAAGACUAUUAAUUUGAGAAUAGCGGACGUGAAUGACCAUGCCCCAGUGUUCACACAAAAUGUCUUGACAGCCUUCAUCACUGAAAAUAAUUCACCUGGCAUGUCAGUCCUCUCUGUCAAAGCCAGUGACAGGGACUUUGGGAGCAAUGCACGCAUCUCCUAUUUUCUUGAAGAUCGCCAACUGAAUGGAAUGUCAGCCUCAGCUUAUUUUUCAGUGAAUGCAGAGAGUGGAGAGAUACUUGCUGUGCGUUCCUUUGACUAUGAGCAAACAAAAGAUUUCCAUAUUCAAGUCAAGGCGCAGGAUGGAGGCUCUCCUCCACUCAGCAGCAAUGUGACAGUGAAAAUGAUGAUCCAGGACCAGAACGACAACCCUCCUCAGGUUCUGUAUCCAGUCCAGACGGGUGGCUCUGUGGUGGCUGAAAUGGUGCCUCGUUCAGCAGAUGUGGGCUAUCUGGUGACCAAAGUGGUGGCUGUUGAUGUGGACUCUGGACAGAAUGCGUGGCUGUCCUAUAAACUACAGAAAGCCACAGACAGGGCUCUGUUUGAAGUGGGCUCCCAGAAUGGAGAGAUCCGAACCAUCCGCCAAGUGAAUGAUAAAGAUGCAGUGAAACAGAGACUGAGUGUUAUAGUGGAGGACAACGGGCAGCCCUCUCGUUCAGCUACAGUGAUUGUGAACGUGGCGGUGGCGGACAGCUUCCCUGAAGUUCUGUCGGAGUUCAGUGAGUUUCCACACGACAAGGAGUACAAUGACAACCUGACUUUUUACCUCGUGCUGGCUCUGGCUGUGGUUUCCUUCCUGUUCAUCACGUGUUUGGUGGUUAUCAUCUCAGUGAAAAUCUACAGAUGGAGACACGAGCGCUUCCUGUAUUAUAUCCUCUGCACCACUCUGCUGCAGAGGAAGAAAGACACAGAGAGAAAGGGAGAGGAAGAUAGCUCAAUUUAUAAAACUAGCGAGAAGGCUGAGCUUAUUCCCCUCGCCCUGCUCAGUGACAGCGUGCAGACAGACAGCCUCCUCAGCAGCUUGCAGCAGCAGCAGUUGGCCGCCUGUGUGGCGCUGUCCACACUGGUGGUGCUGAAACCAGCUCCGCUGCUCUCCCCCUCCUCUCGCUAUAUGGGAUUCAUGGAACGAGGAAUAAUGUGGAAUAAACUGCGGACAUGGCAGGUGUUUUUGUGGUUGUAUCAUUUCUUCCUAUUGUGGAGUACAAUAGACGGACAGACUCGCUACAGCAUCCCGGAGGAGCUGAAACAGGGCUCUGUGGUAGGAAAUCUCGCCAAAGAUUUGGGUUUGGUUGUAUCUGAACUGUAUCGGCGUAAAUUGCGGAUUACAUCGGAAGCUGGUAAGCAGUAUUUUAGUGUGGACUUGGGCAAGGGAGAACUGGUGGUGAUAGACAGGAUAGAUAGGGAGGAACUGUGUGCGCAAAAACCGUCGUGUUUGCUGCCUUUAGAACUAGUUAUAGAUAACCCCCUACAGCUGCACAGAGUGGAAAUUGAAAUACAGGACACAAACGAUAAUUCUCCUAGCUUUCUUACGAAAGAGAAGGUGGUGAAAAUUGCAGAGCUGGUAAAUCCAGGCGCUCGAUUUCCGUUAGAAAGUGCCCAAGAUCCUGAUGUUGGCAUUAAUUCCGUGCGCUCUUAUCUUAUAAGCAAAAAUGACAAUUUUAAACUGACGGUUAAAAACCACAAAGACGGAAGAAAAAUCCCUGAGCUGGUUCUUGAAAAACCGCUUGAUAGAGAAAAACUGCCUGUGCACAACCUCAUCCUCACUGCUGUAGACGGUGGAGAUCCUGUGCGCUCAGGGACAUCGGAAAUUACAGUUGUAGUACUUGAUAUCAAUGACAAUGCGCCGCAGUUUGAAAGACAAGUGUACGAGACUAAUGUAAGCGAAAAUGCAAGACCUGGAACUGAAAUAUUGCAUGUUAAAGCCACAGAUGCAGACGAAGGACUAAAUGGAGAAAUUGAGUAUUUUUUUGCAGAGCAAACUACCGAUCUGAUUUUAUCAUUAUUUGAUAUUGAACCUUCUAGUGGAACUAUUGUCGUUAAAGGAAUGUUAGACCAUGAAACAAACUCUUUGCAUCGAUUUGAUGUAACUGCUAAAGACAAAGGCAAUCCUGAGAUGGAUGGACAUUGUGGCGUUGAAAUCAAAAUAGUUGACAUAAACGACAACAAUCCUGAAAUAAUUGUUACGUCUUUAACAACACCUGUCCCAGAAGAUUCUGCAAUUGGAACAGUUAUUGCAUUGAUAAGCGCAAAAGACCCAGAUUCAGGCGACAAUGGCAAAGUUACAUUAAGCCUAUCUCCUAAAUCUCCGUUUAAGUUAAAUCCAUCUGUCUCAAACCAUUACUCAUUAGUGACGAAUGGGCCACUUGACCGUGAAAAAAAUGACCGCUAUAGUGUGAAGAUAAGUGCCACUGAUUCUGGAAAACCCCCACUGACGAGUGAAAAAGUCAUACUUGUUGAGUUGUUAGAUGUAAAUGACAACCCACCAGUCUUCUCCCAGCCCUCUUAUGUCGUUUAUGUUAAAGAGAAUCACGCUCCUGGGAAUAUUUUGUGCUCUGUGUCUGCAACUGAUCCUGAUGCGGGUGACAACGCCAAGAUUUCGUACUCUAUCCUGGACUCUAAGGUGCAGGACGUUUCUGUCUCCUCUUAUGUUUACAUCAACUCAGAUAACGGCAGCAUCUACAGCAUGCACUCGUUCGACUACGAGAAGCUGAAGGUGUUUCAGAUUCAGGUUCAGGCAAAGGACCAGGGCUCUCCGUCUCUGAGCAGCAACGCCACUGUCCAUGUUUUCAUCCUGGACCAGAAC